AUGCCACUGAAACGACCAGAAAAGUCGGUAACCUUGAAGAGCCCACUUCCUCCAACAUUCCAGAUUCCGGGUCUCACUGACCUUGCAGAAGCUCUCCAUGAAGUGGUGUCUGGGUGCCACAGGAAGUGGAUCAAAGAGACCAAUUCAGCUUAUGUCAGGCUGGCAAAACAAGGAGGCCGACCUGACCGACAGAAGCACUACAUUCCUGUGACAAGGAGGUCCUUUCCAGCAGCAUAUGCUGCGCCUGACUGCUCCAAUCCACCAGCGACCGAUGAGCCAUGGAGCUCUCUUUGCUCUCUACCAGAAUACAUGAUUCACAGAGAGUUUAAGGCUGAUGUCCAUCAUGGUAAUAGUUACAAGACAAGAAGAGGGCCUUUUGAUUUUGAUGUUUAGCAGCGGGAUGCUGAGGACAAAGAAAACACAGAGAAAAAGAAGGUGAAGCCUGCUCAGAGAAAAAGCGAAGCAGUAAACUUUAGCAAAUUAAUUAGCAAUGGUUAUGGGACUGACUGGUUUCAGCAGUGUACUGGAUGGGAAAAAAAGAUUCAAGAAACAUCAGAAAAUAGUGAGCAGUCCAAAGAUUCAGAGCCAUCACAGUCUGAAUCAGCACUUGCAAGCAAUGAGUCAAAGCCACCGUUUCAGGGAU